AUGAAUUUAAUUCUGGAAUUUUCUGUUACAAUAAUUUUAUUUGCAAUAAAAGCAGUGAGUAGUGAAUUGAAAAGUAGCUUAACUUUUGUUAUUGACGAUACCGCUUCUAUGAAAGAUGAAAUAGAUCAAGUUAAGUUAAGAACUAAAGAAGUGUUUGAAGCUGUGUUAAAUACUAAAAACUCUGAUAUAGACAAUUUUGUUUUGGUUACCUUCAAUGAUCCAGGGGUUCAAUUUCGUGUAAAAACAACCCAUGAAGAUGAAUUUAUGGAAGCACUUGAUGAGAUAGACGUCGAUGGAGGCUUAGCAACAUGCCCAGAAAUGGCAAUGACAGGUAUUUCAUUGGGAAUCAAAUCGAGUAAUCCGAAUUCUUUUGUUUACGUAUUUACGGAUGCAUCUGCAGAAGACUAUCAUAAGUAUGAUGAUGUUGAAACAUUGGCUUCAGUAUUUUCAACGAAGGUGACGUUCUUAUUAACCGGUGAUUGUAAGUGUCGAAGUUGCGAGCAUUAUAAAGUCUAUAAUAAAUUGGCCAAUGCGACUGGAGGACAAGUAUUCAACGUAGAAAAGAAUGAGAUCAAAAAUAUUAUCGAUUAUAUAAUAGACUCAAUUAAAACUACAAAAUGUUUGGUGAGUCAACGACAUUUCUUCUCGGAAGACCAGCGAAAAUUCGAGCUUCGGUUUUUAGUGGAUAAUAAAUUAAACGAAAUAACGCUAUCAUUAACUGGUGAUAAGCCUCAAUUAAAAGUAUUCUUCUCUAACGGAACCGAAGUAAUGACCAGUGUGUUGGUUACACUAAGCGAGACCCUGAUUCUGAAAAUGGUAAACGUAGUCAGUGAAGAGUACAUAGCGAAAGUGGAAGUAAAUGGUAAAGAAGCGGAUCUUAGUAUAAACGCAGCAUGUAACUUUGCAUUCCAAUAUGGAUUCUCACAGAUUCCAGCUAAUUCCAUGGAUAAAACUGUAUACCGUCCUACUUCAGGUGGAAAAGAAUAUUUAUCAAUACAAAUAACAAAACAAGACGAUGAAGUCGAACUGCACACUGCCCAAAUUCGUGAUGUUUCAGGGAACAUAAUAAUGAAUUUAAAAUUAAGUUCGCUCAGCGAAAAGUUCUAUGUGACAGACGAGUUCAUGCCUCCAAAUCAACCUUUUAAAAUUGCUGUUGUAGGAAAAUUUAAAAGUACCAAUGAAGAAAUUACGAGAGUUGCCUUACCGACGAUUGAACCAGCCAAAGUCACUCCUGUUACAGAAAUUACAACAGAAGAAACAACGUCAACAACGGAAAGUAGUAUAGAGAUGGCUCCGAAUAUUGAUGAAAUAAAAAUUGUGAAUUCUGAUGACAAUGGCAAAGUUUCAAUAGAAUGCAAAGUUAGCAGUAAUCCUAAACCAGAUAUAGAAUGGAUGGAUAAGCACGGUAACACGUUUAGUGUUUUCGACGUUAAUUACGAUGAAAGUAAUCCCAUAAUAAAAACAAGUGCUAUUCUGAACACUGAAAGCAAAGAGGAUAAUAUCUUUAAAUGCACCGCAACUAAUGGACAAGGCACUAAGUCUGAGUCUAUUGAUUAUUUUUCUCCAAAAGAACUACCAGUUAUUGAUAAAACUGUUAAAGAAUACUUCAAAAACAAAGAUGAAAGCAUUGACAUAGAUUGCAGAGUCAUAAAAGGUAAGCCAAGGCCUGUCGUCACAUGGAACUUCAAGCAACAAAAAAAUACUGCAUACGUAAAAUUAUCAAGUACAGGUGAAAACUUGCACAUAGACAAUUUGAAUACAGAUAAUGCUGGCUUUUAUAAAUGUGUCGCGGAAAAUUCUGUAGGAAGUGAUGAGCACAAAGUUGAGGUGCAAGUAACUGUUGUAGAAAGUACCACACAAGAAAUGACGUCAACCACGGAAACUACUAUAGAGAUGGCUCCAAAUAUAGACGAAAUAAAAAUUGUGAAUUCUGAUGACAAUGGAAAAGUUUCAAUAGAGUGCAUAGUUAGCAGUAAUCCUAAACCAGAUAUAGAAUGGAUGGAUAAGCACGGUAACACGUUUAGUGUUUUCGUCGUUAAUUACGAUGAAAGUAAUCCCAUAAUAAAAACAAAUACUGUUCUGAACACUGAAAGCAAAGAGGAUAAUAUCUUUAAAUGCACCGCAACUAAUGGACAAGGCACUAAGUCUGAGUCUAUUGAUUAUGUUUCUCCCAAAGAAAUACCAGUUGUUGAUAAAACUGUUAAAGAAUACUUCAAAAACAAAGAUGAAAGCACUGAUAUAGAUUGCAGAGUUAUAAAAGGUAAACCAAAGCCUGUCGUCACUUGGUACUUCAAGCAACUAAAAAAUAUUGCAUACGUAAAAUUAUCAAGUACAGGUGAAAACUUGCACAUAGACAAUUUGAAUACAGAUAAUGCUGGCUUUUAUAAAUGUGUCGCGGAAAAUUCUGUAGGAAGUGAUGAGCACAAAGUUGAGGUGCAAGUAACUGAACCUCCGCAAUUUACACCAAAAGAAACAACACUAAUAAAGGCGCCGGCUACGAUAGUGAACUUGGAUUGUGUCGUCAGAGGUUGGCCCAAGCCUCGCGUGCGCUGGUAUUUCAAUGAUAAAGAAAUUGUGAAUGGAGCAAGAUAUCUUAUUCAUGACAAUCAUACUUUAAGCUUCCUAUCAAAACCAAAAGACACCGGGAAAUUCAGAUGUGAAAUUGUGGGUGUCGUCGGCAAUAAUAAUAUAAUUUAUAAUGUGGAAGUAAAAAAAUUUGCUCCUCUUUUCAUAACGCCGCCACAAAACGCCGAAAUACAUUUGCGUAUUGGUGAUACUAAAACUUUAGAAUGCAACGCAGGAGGGGUCCCUGAACCUACUGUUCAAUGGAAUUAUGUUAGUUUUGACUCUAAAACAUAUGCAGCAAUUAACACUGAUAAGUCAAAGAAUGGCAAUAAUUUGGUCCUAACUGGUGAUGAUAUUAAUAAAGAAGGAUAUUAUAUAUGUAAUGCGAGCAAUGGAAGAGAACAAAUGUCGAUCACCUAUAAGGUUUUUGUUGGAGUUCCGCCUUGGAUAGUAAAACCACCUAAUAAAAUGAUUAAUGCAGUAAUUGAGGAUAAAAGGCUGCACAUACGUUGUGAAGCUUUUGGUAACCCAAAGCCAACAGUUACAUGGCAAAAAAACGGAGCCGAUCUUGCUAUAGGUACUAAUAAUCUUAUGACCGAAGGCAACUUGUUAAUUAUAUAUGAUGUAAAUGAUUUUACUGAAAUCAGUGGCAAAUAUACUUGUAUAGCAGCUAAUACAGUAGGCACGGCAUCUGAAGAUUAUGAAGUCCAGGUUUUAAGAAAACCCACAAUUGGAAGUGUACAGGAGUUAUGUAUAGAAAAAGAUAAACCAAAAGAACUUUGGUGCAGCACUGACUUUCAGGAUAAAUAUAAAAGGAGAGACAGCAAAAUAGUCUGGUUUAUAAAGGAUGAAUAUUUUAUAACGAAUCCAUUUAAGCUGAAUGGGUAUGACUAUGAAGCAAUGACGUAUAUAUGCCGAAUCAGCUAUACAGAAGGCGGAACAGAAAAUUUCGCAAUAAACAUUAAGUUGUGUUUUCCUCCAGAGUUUUACAACGACUUACCAACACACGGAACAUAUGUCAUGUACAGCUAUUUAGAUUGUAGAGCCAAAGGGUCCCCUGCUCCAACGAUUACGUGGUAUAAAAAUGGGAAGAGACUGCCCGAUUUGACGGACACAUUGAGAGCAGAUGAUGAGGCCACAUAUAGAUGUGAAGUGACCAACAAUUUUAUCACAAAUACAAAUCAUGUAAAAUUCAGGGAAUUCAAAGUAAUUCGUGAUGAAUGCGUCAUAGAUAUUAAAAUGUAUUCAAGCAAGCAACGUCCGUUUCUCUCGAAAAACAACAAAUUUAUUAUUCCAAUUACACAAUAUGAUGUGGAAAACGAUUUAAUCCGCAUACCUGGAAAUAAAAAAAUUUCCUUUAUAUGUCCCAAUAAUUAUAUUAAAUUCCGCGGUCGCAAUUUACUUGUAAGCAGCUUGCAAGCUAAAUGCAAAACGGACUCUCAAUUUGAAAUAAAACACAAAGCUAUCAUAGGCACGUCAACAAAUGUGUAUGAUUUGGAGUGUAGUGAGGAACCAAAACCUCAUCUUCGCAAUCCGAAUAUAGUAUGUAACUAUUUGGACGAUUAUCAAAUUAUAAAUGUGGGAUUUAAAUUGGUAUCAACUUUUCAAAUCAUGUAUAGUGUAUGCUUUAACGUGGUUACCAAGGAACCAACUUACGCACGAUAUGAAAUAUAUCAUUUCGGACAUCGUACUGUGAGACCUUAUGAAUACGAAAACAGCAAAUACACGAAUGACGAGGCUGAAGUAUAUGAUUGCGAUUGGCAAAGAAAUUUCUUCAUACAAUCCUUUGGGUUUGACAUGUGCCCGAAUAAAUGUUGUUAUAUAAGAAGACAAUUAGUAAAUCCUCAAGAUUUAUAUCCCAGUUAUGAAGCAGCUGCCUUCAAUAACAUUAAUGUGGUACCUCAUUGGACUUCAUGUAGUACUAACUGGAACCAGAUAGAAGAACGAAUCCUAGCUAAGGCCAAGAUAAAUGGGGAGAAAUUCGAAAUAUGGACUGGCAUUUAUGACCGACUGGAACUCGAAUCGUAUGGAUUAAUUAAAAAGCCCGUUGCAAUUCGAAAUACUAAAUUCAUGCCGAAACUUUUAUGGAAGGUAGUACAUAGUAAGAUAUUGCGCGCUGCUAUUGCUGUAAUUCAGAUCAAUUCACCAAAUAUACUUGAUCCUAAAGAAAUAAAAGAUUACGUGAUUUGCCCGGAUAUCACGGACAAUGUGAAAUGGAUGCAUAACCCCGAUUGGAAAGAUCCCAGCAAAGGCUACACUUAUAUCUGCGGCAUUAAGGAAUUUUUAAAAGCAUUUAAUCGUAUAAUAUUCUUGAAGGGCGUGAAAAGGACUUUAGUAUGAAUUGUAAAGUUUUACUGUUGUGCCAAUUAGUUUUUAAUUUUAAUCAUUACUUUAAUAGAACUGUAUCCGUAUUGUUAUUUUAAGUUUAUGACGAAGAAUUAUAAGGAAUUUUUAUUAAA